AUGGACCAAAUGUGCGACGUCUGUCGGUACCCUGACCCAAUCCUUGUAGCGCCCACGUGCCGACACACGUUCCACUCGCGCUGUGUCCACGUGUGGCCCAUCGACGCCUGUCCAGUCUGUGCUGCGCCUCUAGAUCAAGUGGCGAUCCUGCCGACCAUCGACAUGAUGACACGGCCCGAGCCGCGCAGUGGAAAGUGGACUCGUCAUGAAGAGAACUUCAUCGACGUCGUCUUGCGCGAGUUCGACCGACAGGCACUUCCACUGGCACAUGGGACGCCCAUUCGCUUAGUGCUGGCGAAGAUGCUCAACUGCUCGACGAUGCGCUUGUCCAAGAAGUUCCAGAAAAACGCCCUGGGAAAGCGUACGUUCAGGGUGGUCAAGCCCGUCAAAGGGAAGAAGGCGCUCGAGUUUGACCCGAUGGACCACGCCCAACGACAACGGGAGCUGUCUCAAUUGGAGCUCGUCUUUCGACAAGAGCUCAUUGACCAGUUCCAACGCGAGAACAACACGAACGAGGGCGCACUUGUCGAAACGCAGUGUCUGCGCGUAGCUGUUCAGCAGUUCUGGGUGAGCAACUUGCUCAAGUUUGCCGUGCUCGUGGGACAGCCCGUGGCGGGCCUGGACGUGUCCGACGCCAAGAAGCGCAAGCGAGCCAUGCAGCUCCUUCGCAACGGACAGUACGACGAGCUGCUGUCGUGGCACCAUCAGCCGUCUUCUCGUGAGUGUAUAGGGAUGACGUCAAUGCCGCCACCGACGUCGAACGACGUGCACACGGGGCCAACGUCGUGGACCACGACCAGCGCAGCAGAGUACUCGUCGUCCGUGCUAGGGCCAAUGCCACAGGAAAGUGGCGUGUACAUACCGGCGCUUGUGCAUCAGACAGAGCGACCCGUGAAGAAGAAACGCACACCAGAGGCGGACGUCGAGGGCGGUCGCUUCGUCUUGCCCAUGGAUCAACCCACAGCGUGUGGUCUGCAGUACGGACGCAUCUCUCCUCGUAGCACGACGUCCGUCUCCUCGUACGAUUACGAUCACCAGCAGCAGCAGCAGCACCAGCACCAGCAGCACCAGCAGCAACGACAACAGCAGCCGCAGCAGCAGUCGUAUCAUCCCGAGCCAUUCGGCCGUCCGUCUUGUGGCUACUCGCCGUUCUCCGACGACAGGACACCCAAACAGACGUCACUGGAGUACACCAACGGAUGGCAGCGCCAGCGGCGACAGGACCAGCAGAUGCUCACGGGACUCGCCAGUCACGACGAAGCCACUGCACGGGACCUGCGGACGGCCUUUGUCGCAACGGGAUACACCCGACCAAGCGGCGACGCUGCUUACCACGUCAGCGGGACUGCCCAAGUAGCGCCCUGGGACGCGGAUGGGCUACUGGACAACAUGUCGUCCGACGUCCACAGCGGAGUCGCUGCCGUCCGAGCCAAGAGCCACGUGGCCCAAUGCGGCGGCGACCCGUCGUCCAUGCACCCCCCGUGGUCCACUAUGCACCUGAUGUGA